AUGUCGGCAUCUACACCUCAAAGGACAUCCUUACGGCAGGGCCUGCGCCAGGCACCUAAAAUCAACCAACCAUUUAUCCCAGACACAACCCCAUCGCGUCAAAAACAUCACAAUCAUGCCUUCACAUCGCCGCAACCCCAAAUGUCCCCUCACGUGAACCUGAACCCCGCCGCCAACCCCAAUAGCGCCCAAUUUGCGGUCGAUAGCUGGGAAGGGAGAAGUCAAACACAACUUCCUAUGUCUACCCGGGAAGUCCUCACGCCGGGAAAUCGACCUGCAAUCUUUGCCAAUCUCACCGAACGCCCGAAGAAGAUUCAGAAGCAGGCGGAUUUCUAUGACCCAUAUUUUCCAUUGAGGUUCCUCGAAGUCCCCCGAACGGAUCACAUCUACAAGCGAGCUCACUACGGCCUCCAGUCUGACAUCCCAGACGAGGUCGAUUUCGCUUUAUAUCAUCUGGUUCAGAUUUCGAACCAAAGAUGCGACAAGUUCAAGUUUGAGGGAUUCCCAUUGCUUGCCGAAACUCUCAUGCAAAAGGCUUUGGAAAUUACCUAUCUAUGCACUGGAGUUCGCUGGGAGUUUGAAUAUGAUUCCCGUUUCCUCACUGACCGUGUCAAUGUUCUGAACUCUUUGCACGGAACACGAGAUGUCAUCGACAAAAUCAAAAAAAUCCCUGUUAAUCUCCCGACUGACACCCUUGAAACACCCGAGUUCACUCACCUUCUUCGAAAUAUCUCAGAAGCUACCUUGGUGCUGAGAAAUAUGGUCUUGUUGCGAGAGAACGCGUUCUAUGUUUCGCGCUAUGCAAGUGGCCUCCUGAGGGAUUUCUUGGUUGUUCUCCUCAAUGUUCCGAAUCAACCGCGUUUGAAUGAGAUCAAAAAUGAUGCACUUGAUAUUGCCGAAGAAGUGACCAAGUUCAUGAGGACUGACCCCCAGGACCCCCUUUGGAACUCUCUUGUGGAAUGUCUACACUCCUCGGAUCGUGCCCACAUUUUACGGGCGCUAUGGGCGUUGACCCAUUUCUCUACCGAGUUGGAAGAUGCCGAUAGCAACCGUGCGAUGGAAAGCCUUCCUAAGGCAACCCUCCAACAGUUGUACUACCAUACACUUUUGGACCUCGACAAGAAUAUUCUGAGCGGUGCACUUGAUUUCUGGUACCAAUAUACUCUUGGACGGGAGAAUAUUGAGACCCUAAUGGAUGUUAUCAACUUCCCUAGCGUCUUCGUUCCACGCAUGGUCGCACUUCUUACAUACGAGGGACGACCAAGCAAGAAAGAAACGGUUUUGCAGGAAGAAAAGGUUGCCCCACCGCCAUCUGAGAUCCCGCGUGUGCCACCUGAGCUCCUAGAGAAGUUGAUGGAAUCGUCAGAGCCAGAACGCAGCUCGCAGUGGCUUCGCUGCUGCUUUGUUGAGGAUGCAGAAUGUGAGAUUACUCAAAUUGCCCUGUGGCAAGCCUACCAGAGCCGAUUUGCAGACUCUCGAGUGCCAGGUGGAGGUGUUCUCCCUGCCGCCGAGUUCAUUAAAAACGUCAGCAAUACUUUCACGAAUGCUCAAGCACAAGUGAUCAAUGGCCCUGGAGGCACAACCAAGUUUAUCAUCAAGGGAAUUCGGCCUCUGGAAACUGCUCACACCGUCGAAGGUUUCCCCUACGUCUAUUGCAAGUGGGCAGACCACUCGAAGCCAUCCAAGAUAUGCCAGCGUGCCUUCGGCUCGCCUACGGAUCUCCGUGGCCAUGUCUUCGCGGACCAUAUGAAUCUUGAGGCCGAUGAGAAGCCAGGCCAGUUCAAAUUGGAGACAGCGGAGACUCCUAUCCACACCUGCCAGUGGGAUAAAUGCACUCGGUUCCGGGCUUCAGCACCCAAUGCCAACACUGCCAUGGUGGCUGGCCAUGUUUCUUCUCACCUGCCAGAGGAUCGACCUGCUGAUGCGCUACCCCCGAGCACGAAACGCCUCGUUUUACAAGAACGAAUUGUCCGCAAGUGGUACUACAUGGACACCCCAAUCAACGAAAAGAGCGAACCCUGUGGCGUGGCAUACAAGGCUGCGCUAGUGCUGCGCAAUAUUGCCAAGAAUCUCCCCAACCGCGUUGCUCCGAGAUAUGGCGGCGUGUCUUGGAAGAAGGCCUGUUUUGUCAGCCAGCGCCCAAAGAUCGUGGAAGUGUGGGAUCGAAACCGUGCUCUACGGAAGGAGUUGACAGAGCUGAUCAUGAUCAUGGAAAAGGAGGAUGAUUACUGA